AUGGAUUCGAGCAUGGAAGACGAAGGAGAAUCCGAAUACUACUACGCACACGGCGGCAAGAUAAUGCUAUCCACCGUCGUCACCCUCUUCAUCAUCACCAUCACACUCCUCUCUAUCCACCUUCUUAUCCGAUGGUACUUUCUCCGUAAUCGCGACCGUCGACAACCCCUUAGCCGGACACGCCACAUUCGACGUCGGUCAUUUGUUUUCUACUUUGAACACGACGUUCCUGCCUCACUGAGGCUUGAUCUCUCUCGCGGCCUCGAUCCCUCUGUCAUCUCGUCUCUUCCGGUGUUUAAGUAUUCUUCUGAGGAACCGCCGGUGGAUUGCGCUGUUUGUUUGUCGGAGUUUGAGGAAGGAGAAACGGGUCGGGUUUUGCCCAAGUGUAAUCAUAGUUUUCAUGUUGAGUGUAUUGAUAUGUGGUUUCAUUCUCAUUCUACGUGUCCGCUUUGUAGAAAAUCAGUGGAGCUUCUUCCGGUUCGACCGGUUCAAGUAACUGAACCGGAAGUGACUAUUGAUGUGGGUGAACCGGAGUUAGUUUUGGGUUCGAGUUUUGGGGAAGAGUCCAACCGGGAUGAACCGUGUUCUACUGAGGAGCAAUCUUCGUUAGUUGGCGUGACAGUUGAAGUUCCGGAAACGGUCGAGUGUGAGCCGUCGUCUUCGUCUUUUCGGUCGCCGAUGAGUCGUGUGUUGUCGUUCACCAGAAUUGUUAGCAGAGAGAGGAAAUCGAGCGUUUCUGCUACGUCGGACUUUGUAGAGGAAUUAGAUGCAGAACGAGGUGGAAGGGAGGAGACUCAUUGA